CUACCCCAUCAUCAAGUCAGGGGAGUAUAUAAAGACCAAAUCUCCAGGGAACUCUGACAGUUUGCCAUUGAAUGUUUGUGAUUGCUCGUAUCAGCUGUAAAAUUUCAAUCAUCAACACCAUCCCCAAUUAAUCAACCAAAAAUUCUAAUUAGCAAUAAUUACCGAAGGGGUGAUAACUCUGGACUUUGACUCUGAUGUGAUGAUUUUUUGUUUAUGACUCCGAAAAAUUCGUGAUGGGCAAUUGAUUAUCUGUGAUUUUUUCAAAUUAAUUUGUGAUUUAUUUAAAUUCGGGGGAAAAUGGCAUCGCAUUUGGGGUACAAUUUUGAGGAGAGGGCACAGAGAAUGAAUGGGAGGCACCGGGGAGGGCCUUCCAAGGCUGAUAAUAUUUGCACGAGUUCUCAGUAUUACGUCGGAAGCGGUGAUCUUGGGGAAGAGGAUCUCGCGGAUUUGCCGUCGUGCGUUUAUGCUGGGAGAUCUUCGCAACAUGUUAACACUCACUCUUCACCGCAUACGCACUCGCCAUUACAUUAUCACAUGCCAAUUUCAACACCAGAUCAUAAUGAUAAUGAGAUGAACGGUGUGGACGAGGGAUAUUACCCCAACGGAAGUCCCUACAGAAUCCAGAGGCACGCGGCAAAUAUUCGUGAGCGUCGACGAAUGCUUAGCAGCAUAAACUCGGCUUUCGACGCGCUUAGGGGCCACGUGCCGACAUUUCCGUACGAAAAACGACUAUCCAAAAUUGAUACACUUCGACUCGCAAUUGCGUACAUCGCACUUCUCACUGAAGUUCUCAAAGUUAAAAACGUCGAUCCCCUGACGUACAUCGAGAUGUGUCUCAGAGGUGAAAUGAGUAGUGAGAGGGCUGAGUGGAAUACAAGUGAUCUAAUGGCGCGUCUUGCGUGGAUAAAUUGGGAAAAUCUCGGAGUGAAUCCGAAUCGAAGAUCGAGUCUCACAACUCUGACUCUCACCGCAGACAAUUUGAAUUAACCCAGAAGAAUUUUUCAUUAAUUUGUGUUGUAAAUAUCUGUUCAGGAACUAAGUACCAAAUUUUCAAUGUACCCAGAGCAACUAUUAGUUAUUUAAUCUAGUCAAACGUGCAAUACGAACGAUAAAAAUUUCGUAUUUUCGUGGUACCUGUACUAUUGGAUUUCUAGGAAUUAGUGUAAGUAGAAUUUUAUUUGGUAAUAUUUGAAUAAA